AUGAGCAUCUUCUCGCCGAGUCCAAUGGCCCUUGAUACCAUCUCUGACAUGGCAGUCCGGCAAAUCACCGAGAUCCUUUACAUAGAUUCUGACAGUUAUUGGGGUGCUGGAGCCGAAAAGUGGCUCAGUAGGCAGAAGGCCAAAGUCGGAAAGCUUACCAACACUGAGUUGCUGCGUUCCAAAUCUGCAUUUUUUCAAACAGCGGGGAAAGCAUCUCUUCGCCAACAGGGCGCGAUACUCUGCUCAGCGCACGAGGCGCUAGAUCCCAGAGUUAUUCGCAGCUUGCUGUGGAAUAUCGCCUAUGAAUGCACGGCCGAGACGAAUAAAUAUCGGGUGCUGCGGAUAAAGGGGAGGUUAGAAGUGAAUUUGACCGAAAAGGAGCCAGAACAAGCGGACAAGCAGAACUGCGAGCUGAACAAGUGGAUGGAUUGGAUCAAUGAGAUAUCGGUGUUGUGGCUUGGCGAAAAGAAGUACCGCCAGCUAUGCCGUCCCACAAAGACGGUUUAUCUCCCGGAAUGCGUCAAGACCAGGUGCGAGGCGUGUAUGCUGGCGACUGUUGGCGGGUCUAUCCCCUAUCUCACCGCUCUGAGAGCAAGUCUAUUAGCUCGACAGACGUAUAAGGCGAUGAAAUCGAAAGGGAAGAAGACUGCCCCUCCACCACCACUACUGCGAGUAAUUGAUUCGUGGAUAUCGCUAAUUCAAGGCGAAGCCAAAAGAAGUAUCAACAUCUACAGCGACGAGUUCGUACAUUUGCUGGUGGAGAUGCGUGUCUUGGCGAGGAGGUUGGAGGAUGAACAGAUUGGGAGGCGACAAAGGAGGGGAAGUCCUCCACUGCCGGAUUGGGGUGCGGGAAUGGUGUCGUGGACAAAGGACGGGUUGCCGGAACCGCUGAAAGACAGGCCACGGAAGAGGCCGGUGAGGAGAGAUACGGCGAUGUGGACGACGGAGCGAGCGCAGAGUCAUGGGGAGACAACGUAUGAGGAUUCUUCUUCUUCUUCUUCUUCUUCUUCUUCUUCUUCUGUGAAGAUGAGAGGCGGUGUUCAGACAGAGGUGGAUUCUGAUGAUGGAGAGGCUGGAGACGAAGAUGAGCUUUUGGGAGGUAAUGGCUAUCAUGGAACAGACGACAGGGACGUGUUUGAGUUUGAAGAGAAUGGCAACGAAGAAGGGUUUCUAUAUGGAGGUGGCUAUGACGGAGCAGAUGAAAGAGUCAUGUUUACUCUUGAAGAGGCAGGAAAUGAAGAAAGGUCCUCAGCUAGAGACUGCCAUAACAGAAUAGACUGGGCUCAAGAAGUACGCAGAAUAGACGUCAAAAGCACAACCACCCUUGUCAGCCUUUACGACUGCUAUAGAAGACUCCCUGGAGAUCACUGGCUAUCGAACGUUCAAACUUCUGGCAGUGUCUUUCCCUUUACUGUUGAUCCGCAGGAGAGCGCAUCCAGCUGGACGAGUGGAGUCGUAGACGAUGACACUGACAUCUACGACGACGACGACGAUGGGCGCUUAGCUGAAAUACAGAUCAUGCCCUGCGACGACGACGACGACGACGACGACGACGACGAUGCCAUGAAGAGCGCUGAUAAUAAGAAUACUGAAACCGAGGUUACUACUCCUACUCAGCAUGAAGAUGGCGGUAGUCGUGCUCCCCCCGAAGCAUCGAGCGUAUAUUCAUGCGAUAUCCAGAAUAAAGACAACAGCUACAACGGCAAUAACGAUGCAAUGGUGGCCAUGGUGAAUCCAUUCGACGUGGGACUUCGACCGCUGUCGCGUUAUGAGCGAGUAUCGGCCGUCCCGGCACCACUGGAGCGCAUUGACGCGAAUCCGAAUGCGAUGAAGGACAAGGAGGCAGAAGACGAAGACGAUAGGAGAAGAGAGAAGCUCAGGAAUGAGGCAUUGGCAAAGUUGGAGGGCAGAAGGGAUGAUGGGAAAAGGGAGCAGCAAGGAGCGGAAAAGAAGAGAAGAAGGAGUGAGACUUCAGCAACAUUACAAGAAAGAAAUAUAGAAGAGGAGGAGAAGAAGAAGAAGAAGAGGCCAACUUUGGUUGAGUCCGAGGGUGGUGAUAGGCCUGCAUCGUGUUUUAAGUCGAUGGGAUGGGGCGGGCCAAGGAAGUAA